CAGUGCCCGCCCUGCCUCGUGAGAGCUCGUGGCGAUCUUCUUGGGAAGCACCAACCGGAAAGUUGGUGAGGAUUGAUCUAUUCCCUGCUCUGUACCAGAUGGAGAGAGAAGUUCAGUAGCACUACUCCAGUAGUACGUAGCAGCAGCAGCAGCUGGGCCGGCAGGGCAGUGAGAGGAUUAGGCGAUUAGCCGCUUAGCUUUUAACAGGGACAAGCUUCCUAGCUCUCUCUCUUUUCUCUUUGUUCUCCCCCUCAUCGAUCAGGCCGCUUUGUUCCCUUCUUCUCUCUUCUCUCUUUCUUCUCCCUCCCCUCGCGCGCGCGCGCUCGCGGCCGGUCUCUCCUUAACGCUUGCCGCAUAUGGGGGCGACGAGCAAAGCGUAGGGGUGGGAGGAAUUAAGCUGAUCGAGGGACAGGGAGAGGUUUCUUUCUCGAUCUCUCUCUGUCUCGCACGUCGUACGUGCUCGAUCAGUUCCUGCGGCCAUGACAUGGUGCAACAGCUUCAACGACGUGCGCGCCGUGGAGAACAACCUGGCCUCCGCCGCCGCCGUCGCCGCGGCCAAGAAGCAGCAGCAGCAGCUGCAGGCCUCCCCGCACGUCAACCUCAUCAAGACAUGCCCCUCCUGCGGCCACCGCGCACAGUAUGAGCAGAGUCAGUUGCAGGCAGCGGCGGCGACGAUCCAGGACCUGCCGGGGCUGCCUGCCGGCGUGAAGUUCGACCCGACGGACCAGGAGUUGCUGGAGCACCUGGAGGGGAAGGCGAGGCCGGACGCACGCAAGCUCCACCCGCUCGUCGACGAGUUCAUCCCCACCAUCGAGGGCGAGAACGGCAUCUGCUACACCCAUCCCGAGAGGCUUCCAGGUGUCGGUAAGGACGGACUGAUCCGCCACUUCUUCCACCGCCCGUCGAAGGCGUACACGACGGGCACCCGGAAGCGGCGGAAGGUGCACACCGACGAGCAGGGCGGCGAGACGCGGUGGCACAAGACGGGCAAGACCCGGCCGGUGUUCACGGGCGGCAAGCUGAGGGGCUACAAGAAGAUCCUGGUCCUCUACACCAACUACGGCAAGCAGCGCAAGCCGGAGAAGACCAACUGGGUGAUGCACCAGUACCACCUGGGCUCCGACGAGGAGGAGAAGGACGGCGAGCUCGUCGUGUCCAAGGUGUUCUACCAGACGCAGCCGAGGCAGUGCGGCGGCGGCGGCGGCUCGACGGCGGCGGCGGCCAAGGACCCCUCCGUCGAUCUCGUCGCCGGUAACAUCAAGAACGGUAGCGCGGCAGCUGCUACUGAUCACCACCAUAACGACGGCGGCGGCCAUGGUGGCAACAGCAGCAGCAUUCUGAAGGAAGCUGCAGGCAUCGUAGAUUUCUACAACCCAGCGGCGGCGCUGAUCGGCUACAGCCAAGCAGCUCCUAACAACAGGGCAGCUGCUUCUGCUCACUUGAUGCCUAACUUUGAGGUGCACACAGGAGGUGCAGGCUUUGGCCCGUGAUGGAAGAAGAGGAUGUGAAAUCCAAGCUAAAAACAAGGCAAACCUGUUUGACUGAUUACAUAUAGGUUAGAUCGAUCGAUUGGACAGAGGAGGCAGGGCAGAUAUAUAUAUUAUGGCACUGGCAUGCACACAUGGCGUAUAAUCUACUACGAGUGAAGGGAGUUUUACUAAACAUACUACUGGGCAAUAAGGAGUGUGUCGAGUGAGUUGCUGCACAGAUGUUGAAGCGUAGGGGGAUCAAUAUUCUUAAUUACAGUGUUCAUUGUUACAAGUAUACACAUAUAACUACUUGCCAUUCUCAACUUUUUUUGUUUAAUGAUAUAUAUGUUGUUCCAUAAUAAGACUGGUGGAAUUCAAUAUUGUACAUUGAUCGUUUAAAUGUAAGGACGGACUUCAUACAUAUAAAAACUAGAGUUGUGCAUAUGUGAUUUUCUUUUUUUUUAGUUAUUUCGACAAUCACAGUAUCCCAAUCCGAAGUCCAAACUACUGUUCUUUCACUCAAGU